ACCUUAAAUAAAUGACUCGUGGCCAAGACACUUGUCGAUUCCACCAUAGCCCAAGCCAUUGAGACUGAGAAAGCAGCUUCGGACACGACAGUCUCUCUCUCUCUCUCAUACUUCUCGCUCCCAAAAUUUUGUACAAGAAGCCAAGACAAAGCUAGCAAACAGAAAAUUACUAUUCUUGGUCUUCUCCAAGUGGAUGCUACUGCAUAUAAGACAGUUUACUUAAUUAAGUCAACCUGUUGCCAUUACUUGAAUUUUCCAAAAAAUGGGGUCUCAUAUAAACUUCAAGAACUUUGGUGAUGCACCACCUGGGGAGGGGAAGCUACAGGGAAAUUACUCCUUGGCCAGGCAGUCUUCUGUAUACUCCUUGACAUUUGAUGAGUUCCAGAACACCAUGGGUGGAUUUGGAAAGGAUUUUGGAUCUAUGAACAUGGAUGAACUUUUGAAAAAUAUAUGGACUGCUGAGGAGGUUCAAGGCAUGACUUGUACAGUUGGUGGGAGUGAAGGAAAUGUCCCUGGUGGGAAUUUGCAGAGGCAAGGAUCUUUGACAUUGCCCCGGACAAUUAGUCAGAAAACUGUUGAUGAAGUUUGGAAAGACUUGGUUAAGGAAAGUAAUGAUGGUGGUGGUGGUGGUGGUGGUGCUAAAGUUGGAAAUGGCAAUGCCAAUGGGGGAUCAAAUGCAAAUGUGCCACAGAGGCAACCAACUUUGGGAGAGGUAACUUUGGAGGAGUUUUUAGUGAGAGCAGGAGUGGUGAGAGAGGAUAUACAACCAACUGUAAGGCCAAAUAAUAGUGUAUUCUAUGGUGAAUUACCGCGACCAAAUAAUAACACCGGUUUAACUUUCGAGUUUCAACAACCAAAUCGAAGCAAUGGGGUCUUUGGUAAUCGGAUCAUGGAGAAUAAUAAUUCAGUUCCUAAUCAGCCUCCUAGUUUAGCAAUGAAUGUAGGUGGACUUAGAUCUUCUCAGCAACAAAUUCAGCAGCUGCAGCAGCAACAGCAACAGCCACUCUUCCCCAAACCAACAACUGUACCUUUUGCCUCACCGGUCCAUCUAGUAAACAAUGCUCAGAUUGCUAACCCGGGAAGUAGGGGUUCAGUGGUUGGAGUUGCAGAGCCUUCUAUGAAUACUGCUUUAGUUCAGGGUGGAGGAAUUGGCAGGGUCGGUUUAGCUCCUGGAGUUGUCACUAGCAUUGCCGGAUCUCCUGUAAGUCAGAUAUCAUCAGAAGCAAAGAGUACUUUAGAUUCAUCAUCAUUAUCACCAGUUCCAUACGUAUUUAAUCGAGGAAGGAAAUGUGGUGGAGCUUUGGAGAAAGUAGUAGAGAGAAGGCAGAGGAGAAUGAUAAAGAAUAGGGAGUCGGCUGCAAGAUCACGGGCUCGUAAGCAGGCCUAUACCUUGGAACUGGAAGCAGAAGUUGCAAAACUUAAAGAAAUGAACCAGGAAUUACAGAGAAAGCAGGAAGAAAUUAAGGAAAUGGAGAAAAACCAGAAAUUAGAGACAAUGAAUCGGCAGUGGGGAGGUAAAAGACAAUGCUUGAGAAGGACUCUGACAGGCCCUUGGUAGAGAUGAUGAACUGGACUCCAGAUAUAAGGGUUGGUGGUUGAAUAUGGAGACAUAGGCAUUAGUGUGAUAUAAGGAUAGUAGUGUGUAUCUGGUUACAGUCUUAUACUACAGAGGGUAGGUACCUGUAUGUAUAGAGCAGAUAGUGUUUGAGUUGUAAAUUAUAAACUGAAAUAAGAGUUUUAUCCUGUAGAUUAAAACUUGUGUUACUGUGA